GGCGCAGGGCUCUGAUUAUAGUGUUUAUAGUUAUUUGUGGCAAAUAUUUGUUUUAUUAUUUAAACAAUGUAAUUAAUUGAACUUAUUUAUAAAAAACAAUGGACUGUAAUGCAGAACAUCACAAACAAUACGAUUAUUGUACCACACGCCUUAAAUACCGGCAAGGACGACAGUUAAAAGCAGUAAAGGUCUAUACAGUGGCUAAUGAAUCACAGAAUUUGCUUAUAUUUGGUGUGCCAAAAAUCAAUCUAUUGCAAGAAUUAAAACAGCGUCUUCAGAGAUUUGGUAAGUUAUAUUAUGUACGCAAUGUUACCACAGAAAUGUUAGAUCGUCAAUUGGAAUUAGAACAAUUUACCGAAGUGUAUUUGGCAAAAUUUUACAAAAUCCAUGAGGCGCGUAAAUGUAAACGUUUUAUGGAUGCUAAAGAAUUUUAUGGUGGUAUUUUGCAUAUAUCCUAUGCUCCGGAAUAUGAAACCAAAGAGGAGUUUAAGGAUAAAUUACAGAAAAGAAAAUUGGAAAUUGAACGUUCUUUAAAAAGAAUAAACUUGGAUAAUAAUAAUGAAAAAAGACUGAAGAAAACUGAUGAUGUACAAUAAAGAAAGCAUUUUUAUUUUUUGAUUUUUUUUUUUGUUGUGUAGAAAAACAAAUGAAAA